AUGGUUAAAAGUGUGUCGAUAGAUGGGGAUGGAGGUCGUAGACAGGGCUCAACGUCGGACCCGAGCGCUGAUGCUGCGCUCGCGAAACUGGGUUACAGAAGCGAACUUCCUCGGAAUCUGAGCAUGUUGAGUGUUCUAGGAAUGUCUAUGGCUAUCAUGGCCGUGCCCUUUGGAUUAAGCACGACUCUAUACAUCACCUUGACAGACGGCCAAAGUGUUACCAUCAUCUGGGGCUGGAUACUGGUCUCUCUGAUCUCACUAUGCAUCGCCGCCUCACUUGCCGAGAUUUGCGCCGUCUACCCCACAGCUGGUGGAGUUUACUACUGGUCGGCCAUGCUCUCAACACGGGAAUGGGCACCCAUCUCAUCCUGGAUCACAGGCUGGCUAACGCUUGUCGGAAACUGGACGGUUACAUUGUCUAUUAAUUUUUCUGGUGGACAACUGAUCCUGUCGGCCAUUACACUAUGGAAUGAGGAUUUUGUGCCCAAUGAAUGGCAGACUGUGCUAACCUUUUGGGCAGUCAUGCUAGUUUGCAUGAGCAUAAACAUCUUCGGCGCGAAAUACCUGGAUUUGAUCAACAAGAUCUGUAUUUACUGGACAACCUGCACUGUGAUUAUUAUCAUGAUCGUACUCUUGACCAUGGCGGACAACAAGAGAGAUGCCGACUUCGUGUUUACCCACUACGAUGCGAGUGCAAGUGGAUGGCCAUCUGGUUGGGCAUUCUUUGUUGGACUGCUCCAAGCCGCAUACACGCUGACUGGAUACGGUAUGGUCGCAGCCAUGUGCGAGGAAGUUGCUUACCCCGAGCGCGAGGUUCCCAAGGCCAUUGUGUUGUCCGUUGCAGCCGCAGGUGUCACUGGAGUCGUUUACCUGAUCCCGAUACUGUUUGUGCUGCCAGAUGUACAGAUGUUGCUCGAUGUAGCCAACGGUCAACCUAUUGGUCUCCUCUUCAAGACCGUCACAGGAUCUGCCGGUGGUGGGUUUGGCCUACUCUUCCUCAUUCUGGGCAUCUUGAUAUUUGCUGGGACUGGCGCACUCACGGCAGCAUCCCGUUGCACAUAUGCUUUUGCGCGUGAUGGUGCGAUUCCGGGUUCAAGAUUCUGGGCCAAAGUCGACAAACGGUUUGAUAUCCCACUCUUGGCACUUGUUCUUUCUACAGUCGUGGAUUGUCUUCUUGGUCUCAUUUACUUUGGAUCAAGCGCUGCCUUCAAUUCCUUCACUGGUGUAGCAACAAUCUGUCUAUCCACGUCAUACGGAAUGCCCAUUUUUAUUUCGGUUGUUCGCGGUCGCAAAGCCGUUGAGCAUUCGUCCUACUCGCUCGGUCGUUUCGGGUACGCCAUCAAUGUCGCUAUGAUCAUCUGGAUUUGUUUGGCCGUCGUGCUCUUCUGUAUGCCGGUCAGCCUGCCAGUCGAGCCUGCUACCAUGAACUACGCAAGUGUCGUGUUUGCUGGGUUCGCAAGCAUCAGUGUGGCAUGGUACUUUAUCCGUGGGAGGAAGAACUUUACCGGACCCCCUGUGCCGACAGAUGUCGCACCGGGUCAGGAGGUGCCUGUUGCCGGCUUGGCAGUCCUGGAAAGCAAUCAAGAACGGAAUGGAGACGUUGAAGGCAAGGGCGAGAAGCUGUGA